ACGGGGGUGUUCUUUUUAUAGUCAACUCCUAUUUAUGGAUUUUCCGCAUCAUUCGAGAUAUUAUUUGCGGCAUUACGCUCAGUACUGACGUAACCAAUGUUGACGUAACACGAUGAAUCUGACCCACAGUGCGGCGGGCAGUUUCCUAUUAAAAAAGCAUGGUUUCGAUAGAACUAUAAGCCGGAAUGAUGCCGGAACAACGCUUUGGUAGCGGACCAUUUACAUUUAGAAUAAACGAUAACGGUUCUGGACCUCAACUGUUAACGCAGGUUUGCCUAGAGCGUGGAUGGCGAGAAUAUAAUCCAGAUUAUAACGAGAACUGGAAUUUAUGGUGGAGAACAUCGGGAUUUCCCAUCAGUCACCACAAAUGCCUAACGUCGUUUCAGUAUUUAAACCAUAUCCCAAAAGGGUCCAUGAUUUGCAGAAAAGAUAAUUUAAUAAGAUAUCUUCGAUGCAUGAAAAAGGUGUACGGAACAAUUUACGACUUUAGCCCAGACAGUUAUAAUUUGCCGUUAGAAUAUACGAAACUUGUAUCGGAAUGUAGUCACAGUAAGUUUCAAACUAGGAAGGAGGACAAACUGCGUGCUUGCGUGGCCGAUAAUCGUAUUUGGAUUUCUAAACCAGUGGCUCAGAGUCAAGGCAGAGGAAUUUUUUUAUUUAGAAAACUGAGCGAGUUGAAUUAUGACACGAGCACGAUAGUUCAAAGGUACAUCGAAAAUCCUUUACUUAUUGGAGGUUACAAAUUCGAUUUGAGACUAUACGUAUGUGUUCCGUCUUACCAUCCCGUUACAAUUUAUAUGUACACCGAAGGACUGGCCCGCUUUGGUACAGACAAAUUCAGUCUCAAUGAUCUGAAGAAUCCGUUUCGACACUUGACCAACUCGUCAAUCAAUAAAUUGGGUCCGGGAUAUUUGGAAAUGAAGGAACGGGUAGGAUCAGGUUGCAAAUGGACAUUAAGGCAACUUAGAAGGUAUUUGCGACAAACUGGUAUUUUCGAUUGGUUGAUUUGGCAAAAGGUAACGUCAUUGGUAAUCCUGACGGUGCUCAGUCACAUUCAACAGAUUCCCUCCACCACAAACUGCUUCGAAUUCUUCGGUUUUGAUAUUUUGAUCGAUAACGCCUUAAGGCCCUGGCUACUUGAGGUCAAUUUAAGCCCAGCACUAAGCAAUGAUUGCGAUGCAGAUAGACUAGUUAAAAAAUCAAUGCUACAUGAUAUGUUUGAUUUGCUUGGAUUUCCGAUGCUUAAUACGGGACUUUCUGUGUUCACGGUCUGGCUAGAAGAAUCUGACCAAAAUGACGAUUUUGUAAAGAAUGAUCAAACAGUUAAAAACCAGCAAACUUUGAUUAACGCAGAAUCCAAGCGAAGACAAAAAUACAGAAUUUCUUCAGCCCGAUCCAAAGUCUCAGCCAGGGCGCGAAGAAGGACGACAUCCGCUUCAAAUAAAAGGGGUUAUCUAAAACUGCCAAAAGUUCAAGUAGACGGUGCUGCGUUAGAAGCAAAUUAUCAUGAUGUGCCAAAGGGAAAGUUGGUUGCCGAGAAUUUUGCUAAUUCCAGUAGAAAAAUUUGGGGCAAUGGAAAAGAUUGGAGUUGCCCCAUCCCCAGGGAAGGAGGCUGGGUGCGAAUUUGGCCCAUGACUCUAGACCAUGGAGAUGAAAACGGUAACCCCAUUGUAUCCGGGGGUAUAAAGAACGUAGUUAAUGCGGUAGUAAAAUUCAACAAAGUGGCGAAAGAGUUAAUGAAAAAACAUCCUGCAGCAUCCGAAUGUCAACUAAACGAAUUUCUGCAGCAAGAGAUCAAUAUGGCCGUCGAUGUGUGGAUGCCACCAUCUUGACAUCACUUCCAGAACUAAUUAUUUAACUGUCAAGGCUUGCUUGUUUGCUCUUUUUCAUUAAAUUUUAACAUUUUGUGCCACGAAAUGAACAAUGCUGCAUUUGGACCAGUUUUAAUAGACAAUCCUCACUGCCCUCCUCAAUAAAUAAUAU